AUGGAGCAAUUACCUGCUGAUGAAGGAAAAUACUUCUAUGGUACAUUUACAGAUAAAGAAUGUAAAACUUCUUCUGAUGUUAAACAAUAUACUGUUGAAGAAUUAAAAGGAAUUAAUAUCUAUGAAACAAAACCAGAAGAAAGUAAUCAAUGUAAAGAAGUUGCUGCUAGUCAAUUUGCUGAUGAUAAAUGUGAAGAUCCAAUUCCAGGUACAAAACAAUUUGUAUGUAAUGUAGCAAGUGAUGUUAAAACAUGUACUAGCAAUGGUAAUGACUAUAUACAAAUAGAAGUUGUUCAUGGAUAUCAAGGUACUUUCCAUUAUUCUGAUAGUGAGUGUACAAAACCCACAGGAUUUGUAGAAGAUCAAAGAAAAUGUGGAGUUUGUUCACCAUCAUCAAUGCCAUCUUCAUCAGAUGAAACAAUUACUUACACAAAAGUCACAUGUGAAAAUGACUGCUAA